AUGAAAAACAAAGACAAUCCCAGUAAAGAUGCAAAGCCAAACAGUGACCAAAAUCCUGAUGGCGAUACGGAUACACCAGAUGACCCCACAAAGGCAGAUGGUGAUUUACAAAAUCCUGACGGCGACACGGAUGCACCAGAUGACCCCACAAAGGCAGAUGGUGAUUUACAAAAUCCUGACGGCGACACGGAUGCACCAGAUGACCCUGCUAAAAAAGAAGGAAACAAUCGACCUACUGAAAAUAAUUCGGAUGCACCAAAUUAUCCCUCCAAGAGAGAUGAAAACGGUCAAACUGACGAGAAUAAUUCUGAUAAAAGUGUCGAUGAAAAUUCACAUCCAAACGCUAAACCAGACGAAAAACAUAAUCUGGAAAAACAAACAGCAAUGGAUGAACUAAAGCAAUCUGAUCCGUCGUCAAGACGUCCAAGCUCACAGAAGAACAAAAAUAAUGCAAAACAACCAAAAAACCGGCAACAACAGCCAAACCCACAACAACCUGGUUCUACUCCGAAAAACCAGCAACAACAGCCAGGCCCAGGACAAAAGCCAAACCCUUCUAGUCCACAAAAACAGCCAGGCCCAGGACAAAAGCCUAGUCCUUCAAGUCCACAACAACCUGGUUCUACUCCGAAAAACCCGCAACAACAGCCAGGCCCAGGACAAAAGCCAAAUCCUUCAAGUCCACAAAAACAGCCAGGCCCAGGACAAAAGCCUAGUCCUUCAAGUCCACAAAAACAGCCAGGCCCAGGACAAAAGCCAAAUCCUUCAAGUCCACAACGACCUGAUUCUACUCCGAAAAACCCGCAACAACAACCAGGCCCAGGACAAAAGCCAAAUCCUUCAAGUCCACAACGACCUGAUUCUACUCCGAAAAACCCGCAACACUCGACUUCACAAAAAAACGAUACUGAUAAAAACCAAUCAACAAAUUUGCGGAAUAAAUCGCCAAAGUCACCAAAUCAAACACCAUCUAACACACAAAAGAAUCCUCGACAGAAGGAUUUACCAAGUCACAAUCGAAACAAUGAGAGCGUAAAACCUCUUAAUAGAACCCCAGAAUUGGGUGAAAAAUCACCGGAUGGUUCUCUAAAGCCUGGCAAGAAGCAAACACCUGAUGAUUCCAAAAACUCGCCAGAUAGUAGCAAUCAACAACAAAAUACUAACAAAGCACAAUCAAAAAAACAAACUGACAAAGAUAACAACCAGAAAAGAAAUCUUAACAAACCGGAAAAGCAUCCAGAGCCUGGAGAGAGUGAUAUUAACGGUAAAGAUAAGAACAGCGAAGGAGAUAAAAUGAAGGGAGAUGUGCCAGCAAAAGAGAAAGAUAAGAACAGUGAAGCAGAUAAAAUGAAGGGAGAUGUGCCAGCAAAAGAGAAAGAUAAGAACAGUGAAGCAGAUAAAAUGAAGGGAGACGUGCCAGCAAAAGAGAAAGAUAAGAACAACCGCAAUGCAAACAAAAACGGUAAAAAAGACGAAUCUCCCAAUAAAAAUGAAGGUGAAGGUAAGCAACCACUAGAUGAGAAUAAACAGAAAAAGAAAAACAAAGGGAAAGAAAAUGGAAAUGAAAACGACGGUGAGAAUAAAGACAAUGUAAAAGAAGAAGAUGACGGCAACAGUCAAAAUAAGGAACAACCAGAUGAUGGUAAAAUUAAACUAAAAGAUGCGGAUGAAAAGGACCCUUCAAAAUCUGUCGAAAAUAGCAACAAGAAAGCAGAAAAGGAAAAACCUCGUAAAUUGAACAAGUCACCAUCACCUUGUGAAUGUAUUUGCUGUCCUCAUGGUCGCUCGUAA